AUGGGACGAAGAAAGAUUGAAAUCAAGAAAAUCAACAACAAAGCCUACCUAAAGGCCACCUUUUCGAAGCGACGAAAGGGUUUGUUCCGAAAAGCUGCCGAGCUUUGUCAUAUGUGCGGUGCUGAGAUCGCCAUUCUUACCGUUUCACCGGGUGGCAAGUUCUACAACUUUGGUCACCCUUAUGUUGAUUCCAUCAUAGCUCGGUAUUGUGGUGAUGAGACUUCAUGUACACUUCAUGAAAAUCAUGAGUGUGUGAGUCAUGAAGAUGAUGAUGAAGAUUUAGAAGGCGGGCAAGAGAAGGAAGAGGGUAGUACCGAUGAUGUUGAUGAGGAUGAGCCUAUCCAUGAGAAGAGCCACAAGUUUUGGUGGGAUGAGGAGGAGCCUAUUGAUCCAGAACAACGUGAGAUGUUCAGUCAUAGCCUACAGGAAUUGAGAAACAAUGCGGUUUGGGUGUUGAAUGAUAGGAACAGGAGAGAAUCAUACGUUAAGGACUAUAUGGGUGGGAUAUAA